AUGAGAUUAGCUAGUAUUGAAUUUUCGGCUUUUUGGGAAAAAUCUGAAAUACAAAAUUAGCGUUUGGAUAUGAUGUCUGUUAUUGAAUUUUCUGAUUUAAAUACACUCAUAGCGAAAAAUUUAAAGCUUUUACUUUACGCAAAGAAAGAUUUACUUUAAUUUCUCAACUCUGAUUUUGUAGAACUAAAUGAUCUUCUAAUCAAAGGGUAAUAAUACGUUUAAUAGAGAGAUUUACUAGAAAAAUAAAUUUCUGAAAUAUUUGAUAUCAAUCCACAAUCUAGACAAUCUUAUUUUUAUGCUGAAAUAUAUUGUGAAAGUUUUGAUGUUAGACAAAGAAAGGUUCGUCACUUUGUAAAAAAUUCAAAAUUAAAAUUGCUUAAGUAACUUAAAAAAGAGGAUUUAGGAAUUAAUAUAUUUAGACAAAAAUCAUGUAUGGUCUAUAUUACAUUAUUGAAUCCGAUUGGGUACAUUAAAAGAGUUUCUAAUACAUUCGAAUAGCUAUUUGGUGUAAAGGGUGAUGAUGCUGUUGGAAAAAGCUGCAAUUUUAUGAUGCCAGAUGUUAUAGCAGGAAUCCAUGAUGAUUUUUUGAAAUAUUUUGUAGAAAGAGGCAAUCUUCACAAUUUAAAAAAGGGAAUCAUAUUUGGAUUUGGUAAAAGACUGAAUGGAUUCAUGUUUGCACUUCACGCCAGAACUAAGCUUGUUAUCGAUAAGCAAAAUGAUUUUGGAGUUGCAGGCUAUUUUGAAGAAGUUAACCCUGAUUAUGAUUAUUUUUUAUGUGAUCCAGAUGGAGGUAUAUUAGAUGUCACUGAAAGGAUUUUUGCUUAUUGCUUCUACGAUCUUUGGAAAUUAGAUAAGAAAAAAAUAGAAAAUUUAGAUGUAUGCAAGUUGAUCCCUCUUCUGUCUUACUAAAUCCACUAAGAGCACAAGCAUAUUCAAGCAACACAUUAUUAGACUUUGAUGUGCAUUCCUAUUACCAAUGAAAUGAUGACUCAUUUUAGAAAAAUAAAAAAAAUAGAGCCUACAAAUGAUGUUGGGAAUCUGCUUAGCAAAUUCAAAAACUUCAAUCAAUUUAUUUUUUUAGAAGUGAAUUUGCGCUACGAAUAAAUAGAUACAGCAAUAGGAGCUUCUGUGAAAUUUGUAGAAAUUACUCAUUUUAGAAGAAUAAGAAAAGAACCAGAAAUAAUUGAAAGCCUGAACUCUUUAAAAUAAGAACUUUCAAAGUUGUUGGACAUUUGUUUUGCAGUUAAAUACAAAUCAUCAAAUUAGAAUAAAAAAACAAUUGUUGAAGUAGAAUAAGAAGUUGUUAAACAGUCUAAGAAUAUAAAUAACAAGUAAGAAUCACCUAUUAGUUAAGAAAUAGAAACAGAUUUGAUAAAGUAGGUUUAAUGUUUUAAAAAGUCUAGUUUUAAUUUUAAUGUUAGCAAUAAUUUAGAAUGCAAUCAAUCUCCAAAUAAAUUAGAAAUAAGUGACUUCAUUAAAAUUUCAAAUCAAAAUUUGAUGAAGUCUCCUAGAGUUGAGGAAAAUCAACAAUUUUACAAGAUAGAAAAUACAGAUGGUUUAUAAAUUACUUAAUGUAUUCAGUCUCCAAAAUAUGAAUAAAUAACAGAAAGAUCCUAAAUUAGAGAUAUUACUUCUACAAACAGGGAUUAGCAAUACGGAUUCGUUUAUGAUGAAGAUAAUUUUCAAAGUGAUAAAAAUUUAUUUAGUGUCAACAGAGAUGAAAAUUGUAUUUUGAGGGCAUUAAAAGAAACUGAAAGAAAUUAUCAAUAAAAUUAAGAAAAUUUACUAAUAUUAAAUAGAAAGCCAAAUGAUGCUGAAAUAAAUCAAAAAGUUUAUUCAAAUGAUGAUUCAAAAAUUUUUUCAAAUAACUUUUAGAGUUUUGAUGUGAAUUUCAAUUAAACUAAAGAUAUAAUUUAACUUUAAAAUGAAGGAAAAUAAGUUUAUGGUGAAAUUUAUUAGUACUUAAACCAUAAUAAUGAGUAAUUAAACUUAUAAACUAAAGAAAAUAAGCAAUAAUAAAAGCUUAAUGAAGAGAACAAUUAAUAAAAUCUAAAUUAAUGUGACAGCAAUUAAUAAAAUUCAUAACUUUAAAAAUAAAAUUCAGAUUAAACACAACCAUAAGAUUAGAUUUAUUCACAAAGUUCAGGACUCCAUCAGACAAAUACAACUUAAAAAAAUUAAAAAUAAACAAAUUCAACUAUGCUAACUUCUUAAAUUCAACCUUUCACGAGCUCUCUUGAUAAUAAAUAAGUUAUUUAAACAGGUUUUGUUGUUGUGGAAAAAAAUAAAUCUCACUUAAAUAUUUAAUAAAUUAAAUAAUCUGAAUAGCAAGUUUACUUAAGAGAAAAAGUGAUUUAGAACGAUGAAGAUUCAAGCAUAAGUUAAUCCUCUUAAAGAAAACAAAACAUUUAUAGACUGAUUAGUAGUAAAAGAUAAAAAGAUUACUUAAAUGGCUAAGGAGAUUAAAAUAAUUUGUUUGAAGAUAUUUUUAAUAAUUCUGAAAAAGAAAAAGAAGCUAAGAAAUUUAAUGGAUCAAGCUCAAUAAGAAGCACUAGUAGUGAAUUACACUCUAAAAAAUUAGCAAUUAUUGAAGAGAUUAUGCAUAAAAAGCCUCCUAAAUUUGCUGAUAUUUUCAUAAAGAUAGGAAAAAUUAGUGGAUUAAUCCUACUGACAAUGUGCAUAAUAUAAUUUUUUUUAGCAAACAAUAAAAUCAAAACUUUAGAAUAAAAUAAUGACAAUGAAUAAAGCAUUGCAGCUUUUACAAAUAACUUUUUGAAGAUUGUAAGUAAUGUUGAGCUGAUAAGAAACAUAAAAGGUUUUAAUUUAAAUGAACUUAGUCUGUAAACUUUCAACGUUUCCUAAAUUUAGAGCUAAAGCAUGUUUUAUCUGUAAUAAUUUAAAAAAUCAAUGAAUAAAUACUACAAUUAGGAUGAAGAAAUAAGUGGAAUUGAAUUUUUCAACACCAAAUAAAUUUAGACAACCUUUAUAGGAGAGUUUAGUGAAUUUACAAGCUAGGACAGCAGUUAACCUAUUAUUUAAAGUUUGAAUUUCUUUAUUUAUUAUGCCUUUAAUUAUAUCCUAAAUUUAGAAGACAACUCAAAAAUUUAGGGCCCAAUCUAUACAAAUUUUGUUACUUGGAUAAAUAGCUUAAUAGAAUUUUAAUCAUUAUCUUAAAGUGAAAUGACUGACUCACUAAAUACCUUGACAAAUAGCUUAGAAGUUUUGUUUACUAUCACAUGCCUAAUAUCUUUUUUUUCUAUUGUAAUAAUUCUUCCUGUAAAUAUUUCAGUAGAAUCAAAAAAAGAAGAUCUUCUGAAACUAAUGUGCACUUUUCCUCCUGAAAAAAUGAUUCAAUAUAUAAAUCUAACUGAAGAUUCUAUUGUUAAGGCUAAUUAAAAUUAUCUAAUUAGAAUGCUAGAUAAUAAACUAAACAACGGCAGAUACAAUAAAAUAGUAAAGUAUGCAUAAAACACCAAAAAAAAUGGAGAUUCUCCUCAAAUAAAUUCUUAAAAUUUAAAUGUAAACUUUAAAUCUAAAAAAAAAACAAUCAGUUAAACUUCAAGUCUUAAAAAAACGAAUUUUUCGUCUAUAAUUUUGGCUACUUUCAUAUUUUGUUUACUGAUAAUAUAACCUGCAAUUAUGUUUAUUGUAACAAAAAAUUACAUAAACUAAAUUUAAGAUAAUUAUUUAAUACUAAAUACUUUGAACAAAGAUAGUCUCUUAAUGAAUUAAUUACUCUCUUCAUUAUUUAUUCAAACAAAUUAUAUCAGAGUUAAACAAAAUGCUUAAACUUCUUAAAUUUACCCAUCAACAACUCUUCCUAAUUUGUAAAACUAUACAAAUAAUUUAAUUUUAUCAGCAUAAGAGUAAAACAACUAGAUGUAUACACUUUAAUAAAAAAUUUAAAAUUGUUAAUCAAUUAGUUAGGUAGACAGAACAAAUUUCAUUUAGUUACUAAAUAGCAAUUUAUGUAUUAUUUUGCCAACAUAUAUAGCUAAUUAAAACAUGAAUUUGCCAGACUAAAACUAUAUUCCUUGCAAUACUGAAAUCUAUAAGCCUAUUUUAUAGCAAGGAGUAAUAAUCACAUAAACUAAAUUGCAAAGUUUAUUCAAAAGCCUUAUAUCGAGCUUUUCUUUGCAAGACUAUUCUCAGUAUACUUAAUCAAUAUAUUAAUUUGAUAGUUUAAACAACUUUAAUUAAAUGACUAAAGCUCAAGAAGACAUAGAUUUAUCAAUAAUUUCUAUAACAACGGUCAUUUAUGAAUAAGUAUCCAAUGACAUUUCUUACCUUUAAAUACUAGGAAUCUGUUUAUUCUGCUUUUAACUCAUUAUAGUUAUUAUUUUAUAUUACUUUUUAUGGCAGAGAAUUCUAGCUAAAAUUAAGCUUAGCUUUUUUUCUAUAAAAUAUAUUUUGACAUUAUUUACAAUUGACUAGCUUCUAGAAAAUUCCUAUCUAUCUAACUAUUUCUAAAAAACUAGAAAAGCGACAAUAAAUAAAUGA